AUGGCGACCCCCGGCAACCUGGGGUCCGUGCUGGCAAGCAAGACCAAGACGAAGAAGAAGCACUUCGUCGCGCAAAAAGUGAAGCUGUUUCGGGCCAGCGAUCCGCUGCUCAGCGUCCUGAUGUGGGGGGUGAACCACUCGAUCAAUGAACUGAGCCAUGUUCAAAUCCCCGUUAUGUUGAUGCCAGAUGACUUCAAAGCCUAUUCAAAAAUAAAGGUGGACAAUCACCUUUUUAACAAAGAAAACAUGCCGAGCCAUUUCAAGUUUAAGGAAUACUGCCCGAUGGUCUUCCGAAACCUGCGGGAGAGGUUUGGCAUCGACGACCCAGACUUCCAGAACUCCUUGACCAGAAGCGCACCCCUUCCCAACGAUUCCCAGGCCCGCAGCGGGGCCCGAUUCCACACAUCCUACGACAAGAGAUACAUCAUCAAGACCAUCACGAGUGAAGAUGUGGCUGAAAUGCACAACAUUCUGAAAAAAUACCACCAGUAUAUAGUGGAAUGUCAUGGAAUUACCCUUCUUCCCCAAUUCUUGGGCAUGUACCGGCUUAAUGUUGAUGGAGUUGAAAUAUAUGUGAUUGUUACAAGAAAUGUGUUCAGCCACCGUUUAUCUGUAUAUAGGAAAUACGACUUAAAGGGCUCCACAGUGGCGAGAGAAGCUAGUGACAAAGAAAAGGCCAAAGAACUGCCAACUUUAAAGGAUAAUGAUUUCAUUAAUGAGGGCCAAAAGAUUUAUAUUGAUGAUGACAACAAAAAGGUGUUCCUGGAGAAACUGAAAAAGGAUGUCGAGUUUCUUGCCCAGUUAAAGCUCAUGGACUACAGCCUGCUGGUGGGAAUCCACGACGUGGAGAGAGCUGAACAGGAAGAGGUGGAGUGUGAAGAGAACGACGGGGACGAGGAGGGGGAAAGCGAUGGCGCCCACCCCAUCGGGACCCCUCCGGACAGUCCUGGGAACACCCUCAACAGCUCCCCACCCUUGGCUCCCGGGGAGUUCGAUCCAAACAUUGAUGUUUAUGGAAUUAAAUGCCAUGAAAACUCACCCAGGAAAGAGGUGUACUUUAUGGCGAUUAUUGACAUUCUGACCCACUAUGAUGCAAAAAAGAAAGCUGCCCACGCUGCGAAAACAGUCAAACACGGCGCCGGUGCAGAGAUCUCAACCGUGAACCCAGAACAGUAUUCAAAGCGCUUUUUGGACUUUAUUGGCCACAUCUUGACGUAA